UUUUCCAUUAUCAUUUGCCAUAAACUCCUAGCACGCUCCGAUCCUCAAGCACGAAACAUCCAUUGAGAUAACUCGAGAGAGAGAGAAUCGCUAAAGCCACAAUCCCUCCAGAUUGGCAGAAAAUAGAAAGUGCUGGAAAAAAAAAAAGGAAAAGUGACAAGACAAAAUUUCAAUUUCAAAAUCAAACCCAAAGCAUACGCCAAAACCAAGAGCUCAGACACGAACCCACGUAGAAAUUAGGAAGUUAGAAUAGAGUAGAAUAGAAAGCAAGCAAGCAAGCUAUCCCCAACACCAGAAAGAAAUCCACAAGAAGAAAGAAAGAAAGAAAGAAAGAAAGAAAAAAGGGGAAAAGGGAGGAGAAAAUCAAACGGAGCCCAAGCCAAAGGAGAAAGAAAUUCAGAGAGUCAUAGAAAAAAAAAAGGAAGACUGGCGUGUAAAGAAAGAAUCGAGUGAGAGUAAUCAAGAUAGGAAGAUACUUGUGCUUCCCUUAUGCAAUGCAUCAGAAGAAAUCAGAGGUUCAGAUCGGAAAAGAAAGCGUUGGCGUCUCUUCCGAUUUCAAUCCAACACCACCACUACAUCACCCAUCUUCAAUUCACCAGAAACACCAUAAUCACCAUCAAAGCUAUCAAGUUUUCCCUCAAUUAAGCAGCGCCACACACAACGAGAAAACUGCACCAACAACUGCAACCCAAUCAUCUGCACCCUACAAGAGACCGUUAUUGACCCAAACCCCUUCUACCCUCUCCAAAUCCCCAACCCUCCACCAAUUCCCAACCACCCCACCCUCCCCUUUCAAGCACCACAACGCCGCCUUCUUCUCCGUCACUAUCGCUGCCAGGAGCGCCGCCUACCGGAUACUCCGCCGCCUCAAGCACCUCCGCUGCUUCCGCCUCCGCCGCCUUCGGCUCCGACUCCGCGCCGUCCUUCUCCUCUCGCUGCCCCUUUUCUACUUCCUUGUCUCCCACCCGACCCAUUCCUUCCUCCUUGACUUCCUCUCCGCCUUCGCCUUCUCCGCCGCGCUCCUCCUCUCCCUCAACCUCGCUGUCCCCCGGCUGCCAUCCAUCCGCCUCCUCCUCGCCCGCUCCCUCCCCAUCGGCCUCAAGGCCCGUUCCUCCCUCUGCAAGCCGGCGCCGACUCUCCCGGUCUUUUGGACCAUCGGUUCCCACCAAAAGGUUGCUGCCUCCCCCGACUCUGCCGCCGCCACCACAACGUCCGGGUGCUGGGUGCAGGUCUACGGCAACGGCGACGUCUACGAGGGAGAGUUUCACAAGGGAAAGUGCUGUGGGAGUGGUGUUUAUUAUUACAGCAUGAGUGGGCGGUAUGAGGGGGAUUGGAUUGAUGGCAAGUAUGAUGGGCAUGGGGUGGAGACUUGGGCUAGGGGAAGCCGGUACCGAGGGCAGUACCGGCAAGGAUUGCGGCACGGUUUUGGUGUGUAUAGGUUCUACACUGGGGAUGUAUAUGCUGGAGAGUGGUCUAAUGGGCAGAGCCAUGGGUGUGGGGUUCAUACUUGUGAGGACGGAAGUAGGUAUGUUGGGGAAUUCAAGUGGGGCGUUAAACAUGGCCUUGGUCACUACCAUUUCAGAAAUGGGGAUACAUAUGCUGGUGAGUACUUUGCUGACAAGAUGCACGGGUUUGGGGUAUACCGAUUUGCAAAUGGCCAUCGAUAUGAAGGAGCCUGGCAUGAAGGUCGAAGGCAAGGACUUGGAAUGUAUACAUUUAGAAAUGGUGAAACCCAGUCUGGUCACUGGCAAAAUGGAGUCCUUGACAUCCCCAGCACACAUAACACUGCUUAUCCAGUUUCUCCUGUGGCUGUCUAUCAUUCCAAAGUACUCAAUGUGGUGCAGGAAGCAAGACGAGCGGCAGAGAAAGCAUACGAUGUGGCCAAGGUUGAUGAAAGGGUGAACAGAGCAGUAGCGGCAGCUAAUAGAGCGGCCAAUGCAGCUAGAGUAGCUGCAGUCAAGGCUGUACAAAUGCAAAUGAAUCAUGUUAACAAUGAGAGCUUCCGUAUUCCUGUUGUGUAAGACUAUCGAGUAUCGACCGCUGCUUUUAUGUUAGUAGAGAAGCUUGAGAUUGUAGCAGAGGGUGGUGGUGGCUGAGCUACAUAGUUCGUACAGCGCAUCGCCCAUUUCGAUAAGCUCUUUGGCAUAACGCGCUCUUUCGUUUCAAAUUUUGAACUUUUGAUUGAUUUGCUUCAAGAAUCUUACCACCAAGUAGCUGGCUGAGAACAAGCAGAUUUGUCGUCUAUCAGCUACAGGUCAUGUAUAGAGGGAGAAGGGUGAUGGUGUCCAUACGGUUAAAAAACUAUUUUAUAAAUAUAUUUUUUAAUAUUGUCCUCUUAUACUACAUUUUUGUAAAUUUUAUGUAGAUGUAAAAAUGCUGGUGUUGUAGGUGAAACCUCAAACCAGCUACUGUUGUAUUGUGGCUUGGUUAAAUAACGAGAUGAUGUCUUUUAUUUUCCCCCCAAAUUGAAGUAGUUUGUGAUGUGUAGAUCCCAUUAACUGGUAAACAGUGUUGAUAUCUAUCAUGAAAGAGAUAUGUGCAAGAGAUAAAUAGUUACAUUUUUUUUAGAGAAAAAGAUAAAAUAGGGCUUUGAU